CAGGCUACGAUUCUUGCUGUGAUGCGCGACAAUCUGACGAUGCUAAAUUCAGAAUCCUCUUCGUUUGAAUUGUCUAGUAACGCUGUAAUCUCUGCUGCACUGAGACCAUUGCUCAAGAAAAUGGGCGCCAAAAACGCGAAGCAUGCAAUGUCAUUCGUUCAAAUGAUGCGCGAACGCUUCAACGCAAGUGGACCAGGUGUGCUGUCUGCAAAGCCCACACUUGAUGAAGCUAGUCUAUUUGAGGCCAAUAAAGAAUAUCUCACUUCUACACUGGGCUUGCAAGCCAAGGGGGGACUGCAGAUUACCACAACUUGCAGCUCUGCUGCCUAUUUUCUAGCCCAGAUCAUUUUAACAGUCCCAACCAGCUUCUUCACCUUUUGA